AUGCUGCUGGUGUGGACUGUGUGCAUUUUCCUUGUUGGCUUUGCUCAAGGUGCAGAGGUUUGCUAUGAGAACCUAGGCUGCUUCACAGAUGACAUGCCAUGGUCAGGCACAGCUGAGAGGCCCAUUGCCCGCCUCCCCUGGAGUCCAGAGAAGAUUGGAACCAAGUUCUUACUUUUCACCAGGAAGAAUAUAGACAACUUUCAGGAAAUAGCCACAGACAAAGACAUCCUCCAGGCAUCGAAUUAUGAUGGAAGCAAGAUGACCCGUUUUAUCACCCACGGUUUCAUUGACCAAGGAGACGAAAACUGGCUUCUGGACAUGUGUAGGAUCUUUCUCCAGGUGGAAGACAUCAACUGUAUCUGUGUGGACUGGAAGAGGGGUGGAAGAACCAGCUACACUCAGUCUGCCAACAACAUCCGCGUGAUUGGAGCACAGCUAGCCUACAUGAUCGAACUCUUCCAAACAAUCUACCAACAAAAACCCAACACGAUCCACAUCAUUGGCCACAGCCUGGGUGCUCACCUCGCUGGGGAGACCGGGCGCAGGAUUCCCAACCUGGCUCGUAUCACUGGACUGGACCCAGCUGAGCCAUACUUCCAGGGAUGCCCCAUUCUAGUACGUCUGGACCCCAGUGAUGCAAACUUUGUGGACGUCAUUCACACCGACUCACUGCCAGUAAUCCCCUAUAUGGGAUUUGGUAUGUCCCAAGCAAUUGGUCAUCUUGACUUCUACCCCAACCGUGGAGAGCACAUGCCUGGCUGUGACAAGAACGUCAUUUCUCAGAUUGUGGACAUCGAUGGUAUAUGGGAAGGUACACGAGAUUUUGUGGCCUGCAACCACCUGAGAUCCUACAAAUACUACAAUGGCAGCAUCCUGAAUCCUGAGGGUUUUCUUGGGUACCCCUGCUCCAAUGGGGAUGUCUUUGAUGAGUUUGGCCGAUGCUUCCCCUGCGCAGAUGGGGCAUGCCCUUUCAUGGGUCACCAUGCUGACAAGUUUCACGUGCCCAAUGGACAGGAAAAGCUGAAGUUCUAUCUGAACACUGGGGAUGCCAGGCCCUUCGGACGGUAUCGCUAUCUACUGACCGUCACUAUCGCUGGAGAUAGGACAGUCACAGGCACCAUGAAAGUAGCCCUGUAUGGGACCAAUGGCAACACCAGACAACAUGAGAUUCACAACGGCCUACUUAGUCCUGGCAAAACCUAUGAGGCGUAUAUUGAUGCCGAAUCAGACAUGGAUGAAGUGACAAGGAUGAAAUUCAUCUGGAGCAACAAGGUUAUUAACCCGCUAUUGCCCAAGUUUGGAGCCACGAAGAUGGUGCUGCAGCGUGGAAAGGACAGGCGAACUUUCCUGUUUUGCGGCAAGGAACAAGUGAGAGAAGAUGUACUUCAGACCCUUGAACCAUGCAACUGAGUGACAAAAAUGCUUCACAAUAAAAAUUCA